AUGUCCAACGCGCAAAAGUCUGCGAAGGGUGCUGGUGGUGGGGGAAAGGGAAGUCCCAAAGCGAAACGGGGUUCCGCUGCUGGGAAGAAGUCUGAGGAUGAGAGAGAAGAGACUUUACAAGCUGUGGUGCUUGCAGAUUCUUUUGAGACCAGAUUCAUUCCUUUCACCAUAGAAACACCAAGAUGCCUUCUACCGCUUGCGAACACGCCUCUCAUCGAAUACACCCUCGAAUUCCUGGCAAUGUCAGGAGUAGCCGACAUUUAUAUCUACUGCGGUGCCCAUACCAGUGAAGUAGAGAACUACAUCCAAACCUCAAAAUGGCAUCCUUCCUCCAACGCCUCACCAUUUACCUCCCUCGAAAUAGUCAAGACCACAGCCCGCUCAAUAGGAGACGCCAUGCGAGAUCUGGACGCACGAGAUCUGAUCACAGGAGAUUUCCUCCUCGUACAUGGGGACCUGGUUUCGAACUUACCAAUUGACGACGCUCUUUCCAGACAUCGAGCAAGAAGGCUAGCGGACAAGAAUGCGAUCAUGACUAUGAUUCUGCGAACUGGUGGAUUGGGUGAUCAUCGGACAAAAGCGAAGGGAAUAGAGCCAGUCUUUGUGAUUGAUCCUACGAAGAAUCGCUGCAUACACUACGAAGAGAUGCACCCGCUACAAGCAAAUAAAUACGUCAAUCUCGACCCGGAACUCCUGACUAUGCACACAGAGAUGGAGAUUAGGACCGAUUUGAUUGAUUGUGGAAUUGAUAUCUGCACUCCUGAUGUGCUUGCGCUGUGGGCCGAGUCCUUCGACUACGAGGUUCCAAGACGGCAUUUCCUACAUGGCGUACUGAAAGAUUAUGAGUUGAAUGGGAAGACGAUACACACAGAGAUCGUGGAUCGGCAUUAUGCUGCUCGUGUCUUCAACUUGCAAUCAUAUGAGGCGGUUUCUAAGGAUGUUUUGGGCAGGUGGACAUAUCCUCUUGUGCCGGAUAGCAAUCUUGUUACUGAUCAAGACUACUCCUUUGAGCAGGGCAAUUUUUGCAAAGAGAAUGGUGUUAUGCUUGCUAAUAGUUGCGAGAUUGGACAGAAAACUGUGGUAGGGAAAGACACGAGUGUUGGAGCUGGGAGUCUCGUCUCGAAUAGCGUCAUUGGACGGAGAUGUCAGAUCGGGAAUAAUGUGACGAUUAAAGAUUCCUAUAUCUGGGACGAUGUGGUUGUUGGCGAUGGUACUGUGGUCGAAAGAUCAAUCAUUGCAAACGAGGCAGUGGUUGGCAAGAACUGCACGCUGGAACCAGGAGCUCUGAUAUCUUACGGUGUCAGAAUAGCAGACAACCGAGAAGUCAAAGCAGGAUCGAGAAUCACUCGCGCAAAGCGGAAAUUGCACGACGCCUCGGAUGACGAACCUGCGGAACUCGUUCCCAACGACCCUCUCUUGGUUGGCGAAGGAGGUGAAGGUUACGGUUAUUACGAUGAUGAAGAUUCAGACGACGAAGUAGCUGUCCUCCACAACAGACUCAUCUACAGCACCGAACAUCUCAACCUCUCAUCCGACUCAAUAUCUACCCUCUCAUCUCAGGUUAGCGCUGACGAACCAGUGGAAGGUCGCUCUCAUCGAUCCAGCUUCACUGGCUCCAUUUCCGACGACGGCGAAACGGGAUCAUCGAGUGAAAAUUUCCACCAUGAUGCCGUCACUGGCCUUCUCGAUGCCCUCAGAGAAGGGGGUAACUUCGGCCCUGCGAGUGGAGCGAGACUAGAGUUCAUGGGUCUACGACUCAGUAACAACGCCUCAGAUCACCAACUCCGCCGCGCCAUCGCUGUAGCAUUCACAAAGCGCAUUUCCCAAUUAGUCGAGAACGACAAACUCGGAGCCAGCGAAGCUGUGGCACAGGCUUUCUCCGUUGAAGGCGUGGUUGAGUUCUUGAACGAUGUGGCAAUAGGCAAGGACAAGGAGGAAGACGAUCAAGUGGACUUCAUUACGUGUCUACAGAAGGACUUGGUACAUAGAGGGAGCGGGGCUGUCAUUCUUGCGGCGGUUUGCCAGAAGUUGUAUCAGUUGGAGGUGUUGGAGGAAGAUGCAUUUUUGAGAUGGUGGGACGAGGCCGAGGCGCUGGGGGAUGUGGAGGGAGAGGAGAUGAAGAGGGUUAGGGAGAAGACGGUGGUGUUUAUUGAUUGGUUGAAGGAGGCGGAUUCGGAGAGUAGUGAGGAGGAGGAUGAUGAGGAUGAGAGUGACUAA